AUGGCAGAUGGAGGCGAGGCUAGGAGGACGGCCACGCACUCAGUUGGCAGCGUGUGUUCUGCUCAACUAGUCCACAUUCUCGUCCUCGUCCUCGUGCUCGUCGUCCCCGCACCGGUGUUCGCAAUGCCGAAAAAGACAAAUUCAUGGGGGAUCCGCAAUGGACUUUUGGUUGGUUGGUUGUUGUCCUCUGGAGGCUUGACAUCCAAAUAG